UUAUCAAGUUAUGUUAUUUGAUUGGAGAAGAAAGCCAAAACAAGCCAAACAAGAAAACAAACUCCAAAUUCAAGAUUUAAUAAAUUAAUCAAAAAAAUUUUGUUAAUCAGAAAUAUGGGUACUUGAAAACAGGAACGAUGGAUAUGAAUUACAAAGAGCACCUUUUAUUAAAAUAUGCUGGCCUCAAAUCGUCCGAAAACAGCAAAAGUGGCAUGUACCUCAAUGGCCCUUUAAAAGUUAAGGGGCGGUGGUUUAACAUAGAAUUAACAUGUCCUACGUUUCCAAAAUUGUCAAUUUGGGAAAUGAGGUUACAACUGAACUACAACGUAGAAACUAUUUCCAACAAAAACUUAAAUAUUAGUCCAGAUUGGACUGUGGUGGAUCUUCUAGAGAAUUUGCCAGAUUUAUUAACAACGCUGAAAUGUGCUACGGACAGUAGAAAGGAACAUUUUGAAUAUGUGCCUAAGCUGGAGCAGAAUAUAUAUGCUGAAAUAGCAAACUUAUUUUUGCCGUCUGAAUAUGAAAUUAAAGUAAAUGAGUCUUGCUCCGCCGUGCGGUUUUGCAACUUUGCACAAUAUGAGCAACAUUAUUUAGAAGUAAGAUUACCUUCUCUGCAACUAGUCGACCAUAGCUUGCCAAUAUGUGUUGAUUGGCAGGAAAUGUUAGGAAAAUCUCAAACUCUUACAGCAUUACUGCAGCAUUUUCGAAAACUUCUGGAAGAUUUGGCUUCAUUUUACGAAAACUUUACAGAUAUUGACGAAUUGUGCCAUGUGGUUCAACCAACUUUGCCAACCACAAAGGAAAAUUGGCGUUUAUUCGUACUUAAAGAACGUAUCUUUUUGAAAUUACAAUUUUCUGAUCCUUUCGCUCCUUUAAGUUCAAUGACCGUCCAUAUAAUUGGGCCAACUACAGAAGUAGCAAAUUUGCGACGUAUUUAUAGUGAGGGAUUGUGUGACUGGGAUAGCGAACUUGAUGUUCACAAAAAUCUUCUGCGAAUUUUUGAUUUAUGCUUCUUCCCCAUGCCUCCUCCUGAUGGAUCAGAAGCCUCGUUGCAAUUUUGUAACAUUUGUUACACUUACAAAUUAGACACAGGCGAAAUACCUAUAAUUUCCUGUGAUAAUUCCAACUGCAGUUUGAUAUUUCAUGCUGAAUGUUUAAAAGAAUGGUUCAGCACUUUAGCUGACGGUAAAACGUUCCUUGAUGUUGCAUUUGGGGCUUGCCCAUUCUGUAAAUCGAAACUUUCUACAUCAUUUCAAGAAUUGUUGCAACUGAAAUAGCUGUUGGGAUUUGGUAAUAUGCAAAUAUUAAACUUUUUAUUAAGUAUAUGAUUUUAAUUACAUGUAGAUAACUAUUGUUAUUUAUUUGAUUAACAUGUGCGAAUUAACGUGUAUUUGUGUAUCCGAAACCGAAUGGAAUCCAAAUAUGUAAAAUAUAUCUCAAUUUUGUAUAAGCCAAGAAGUACACCUGUUAAAAGUAUACGUUAGCCCUUGUCAACAAUUUUAGAAGUUUAUUUGCGUGGUAAUCUCAAGUUAUUUUCAAGGGCAACCGAAAAGUUAAAGUGAAUAUAAAAAUAAGUCAAUGAAUACCAAUUUGAGGCUCCAUGAAGUAUGGCCCAUCAAUUCGACAUCUCUAGUGCUGAAAUACCAUUUGUUUAAAUUGUGAGAAACCGCAUUGUCGUUAUUCGCAAUUCAUAUACAGUUUUCUUAAUCACCAUAAUUUCGCCCGGCACGGGAUAACUAAGCACCACACAAGCUGGAACUUUGAGCUCCGAUCUUUGUGGUGUUCAUAGUUAUCACUAGAAGCUUAGCUGCGAGCUUCCGGGCGCGUCUACAGGUUGCAGAUAGGGGAAAGAUCCAUAGGGAGUAUCUGCAAUUGCAGUCGCAGACAAUCAGCAGUAUGGAGCGGAGUCUCAGCGAGAGGCCGAGUUGCGCCGGCUCUUGCAUAAAUACUGAGUGCCUAUGAUGCUCGAUAUGACUAGGCGACUUGUUGGCGCCUUUAAAUAACCAAUGGGCCUGAUGUUCCCGCGGCGAUCAGUCCUUUUGACCGGAACGAGAUUGCUCACCUGUAGGAGCUAGAUACGGAUCGCCACCUCCACAUAUAAACAUUUGGAUACACCUCCACAUAUAGACAUAGUAAAUUUUCGACAUUUUAAAAAAAUUUUGUUGUCGAUUAAGAAUUUUUUUUUAAAUUUUUGGUCAUAAAGUCGAUUUUAUUAUUUAA